CAGAGACUGAUCACAACUGUUGCUUGAAUGUACAGUCGGAUCAAUGCAAAACCAGUCGAUCCGUCGGCCUAUUAAAAAUGCAUUAAGCCCAGCUAGCCAUACCGUUUUAAUUAGCAUAUAAAUUGAUAUUCUUCCUCAAUCAGUUCCGUGUGCCCAGUACUAGGCAAUGCGAUUAUCAUUUGCCAUCGAAACAUCGACAAUGACAAUAAAUAACACGGAACAAUCACCCUCUUCGUGUAUUCAUUCAAUUGACCAUUAACAUAAAUGACAAAAAAAAUGACACUGCGUAUGAAUACAAUUCCAGCCACUUCGAUUUCGGCUUGUGUCAAUAGCCCCUACAACUCAAAACGCAUACAUUCGCAUGAUUCGGUUUCUAUGUAUUGGACAAUUUUGUUUUUCUCUCGUAUUUUAGAAAGUAUCUACUAAUUGUCUAGUCAUUUGUUAUACGCUACUAGUUCUCUUAACGUACAUGCCAUUUAACAUUUAAGAGCUGCUAACACGUUGAACUAUUUUCGACCAUGAAUUCAAUGAAUAGCGGCUGCAAUUGCAAACCGAUUUGCUUUUUAAGCUAAUAAACAAGAAAUUCUUGAGUAGCAGCCACAGCAUGAGUUCGACCAAUGACUCUACACCGAGUAACGAAAUACCGGAUGGAAAUGGGUCAACCAAAGACAUGAAAGUGAUACGAGUCGGAUCAAGAAAAAGCGAACUCGCCCUUGUACAAACCAACCAUGUCAUUGCAUUGCUUAAAAAAAUCUAUCCCCAUCAAAAGUUUGAAAUACAUAAAAUGACAACGAUGGGAGAUCGAGUGUUGAAUAUUUCGUUGCCGAAAAUCGGUGAAAAGUCACUAUUUACAAAAGACUUGGAAGAUGCACUUCGCAAUGGGAUCGUUGACUUUGUGGUGCAUUCACUGAAAGAUUUGCCAACGGCAUUGCCCGAUGGAAUGGCAAUCGGUGCGGUGUUGGAGCGUGAAGAUGCUCGAGACGCUUUGGUUUUGGCGAAACAACACGAAGGGAAAUCAUUCAAGACAUUACCUGAAGGAUCGAUCAUUGGCACAUCGUCACUUCGUCGGACGGCACAGAUUUGUCGCCUCUAUCCACAUUUGAAGGUGCAAGAUAUUCGUGGUAAUUUGAAUACUCGCCUGGCCAAAUUGGAUGCGACCGAUUCAAAAUAUGCUGGCAUUGUAUUGGCGCAGGCUGGUCUAGUGCGUUUGGGUUGGCAACAUCGUAUAAGCCAAACGAUCGAACCCGAUGAAUUGUUGUAUGCGGUGGGUCAAGGUGCAUUGGCCGUUGAAUGUCGAUCGUCUGACACGAAAAUCUUGUCGAUGCUUCAAAAAUUGGUAUGUCAUCAAACGCAGUGCCGUAUUUUGGCGGAACGAAGCUUCCUAAAGACGUUGGGCGGUGGUUGCAGUGCACCGGUGGCCGUUCAUUCAAUUUUAUCGAAGCGAAAGAGUAUCGAUGAUGAAAAAAUAUCCGCACACGGUGAAUAUAAACUUGAAGUCAUUGGUUCCGUAUGGAGUUUGGAUGGAAAAACGGAAAUUCAAACAGAAAAUUCGUGCAAUUUUAAUAUAAGCGAAAAAGAUGAUGAAGAAGAAGCAGAUGCAGUGCCAUCGAAACGAAUGAAACUCUCAGUUGACGUUGGUGAUGACAAUAAAUUGAGUGGUGACAAUCCAAGUCCACCGCAAAUUGUCGAUCAUUCGCAACUCAAUUUCAAUGCGAGUGCAUCGGAUUCGAAUCAAAAUCUGGACAUUGCUGGUUUAUUGAAUGUGCAUAAUGAUGCAUUUAAAAAAUGUCCAUACUCAUCGUUAGUACAAAAUAAAACGGAAAUAUCGACAAAAGCAGCUGAUUCAGGCAGUGAUCCAGCAUUGAAGUGUCCUUUAGAUUUCAACAGGGUGGGACAAGAUGUUAUGGGUCAAUGUCCGUACUUCGAUUCGAUAAAUAGCAUUGAAAAUGUGACCAAAACCUCUAGUACAUGCGGUGAUUGCCCAUUUAAAAAUGACUGUGCUAGUAAUAAAUGCAAUUCAUUAGCAGAAAGCUCAACUAAGACUAAACCAGACAUUUCGAAAUGCCCAUUCUUAGCAUCAUCCUCCACACCAAGUACCUCAAAUACCUCAAACACCUCAAACAUUGACUUAUCGAAUGAAAACGCAGUCGAAAUGCUAUUCUGUGGCCUUUAUCCACACCGUUGCUGGCCGAUGGAUGUGUUCGAAAAAUGUGAACAACUUGGCAAAGAUUUGGCAUCACAUUUAAUUGAAAAGGGUGCUCUAGCGGUGAUGGAAUGUGCUCAGAAUGAGAUUCGCAAAAAAGCCUAGGGUUACAAUCAAUAAAUUAAAUAUCGUAUUCAAUCGAUAGCUAGAUACAAAUCGGUAGUGGAAUUUAGUAUAAUUAAAUGGUGCACCAGAUAUUCCUUUGAAAAAGGAACAAAACCUUUUUACUGAUACAGAUCGACAGAGUAGAGACAGAGUACCUAUAGAAAUGUGUCGACAUUUCACACGCUAUCGUUUCAUAUUUAAAUGUUGGGUUUAUUUUUUAUUUGUACAUACGUUUAAGCACAAUUUAAUACGUUUUGUUAACAUUCAUCAACAAAUUAUUAUCAUGUGAAAAAAUUUAUAUAUAAAGAGAGAACAAACAAAAAAUUUGUUUAAAAAAAAGAGAGAAAAAUGUGAAAAUUCAUGUAGAAAAAAAAUACUGGGAAAAAUCAUACGAACAAUUGUUUAUGCGAUUUUUAAUAAAACAAACUUGGAAUAUGUUUUUCUUAAAA